CAUAUAUUCAUACAUACAAGACCACAAGACCUCAUACUUCCACAAUGGAUUCUUCAUCUUCAGUAAAAAUCGUCUCGAAAUGCUUCGUGAAACCCAAAACCAUACCAGAAGAAUCAAAGCAACCAUACUAUCUAUCUCCAUGGGACUACGCAAUGCUCUCUGUUCAGUACAUCCAAAAAGGACUUCUCUUUCACAAGCCAUCACUUGACUCCAUUGAGACUUUGCUUGAGAAGCUAAGAGAGUCUCUGGCUGUCACACUAGUCCAUUUCUACCCUCUCGCGGGUCGUCUCUCGUCGUUGACAACCGAAAACCCGAAAUCUUACUCUGUUUUUGUUGAUUGUAACGAUAGCCCUGGCGCGGGGUUUAUCUACGCGACCUCAGAUUUAUGUGUAGAAGAUAUUUUGGGUGCUAAGUAUGUACCUUCGAUUGUUCAUUCUUUCUUUGACCAUCACAGAGCUGUGAAUCAUGAUGGACACACCCUGAGCCUCUUAUCAGUCCAGGUGACAGAAUUGGUAGAUGGAGUUUUCAUUGGACUGUCUAUGAACCAUGCGAUGGGAGACGGUACUGCAUUUUGGAAGUUCUUUACCGCUUGGUCCGAAAUCUUCCAAGGACAAGAGAGCAACAAAAACAGUGACUUGUGUCUUAAGAAUCCACCGGUCUUAAAGCGUUACAUCCCUGAAGGAUACGGUCCUCUCUUCAGCCUUCCUUAUAGCCAUCCUGAUGAAUUUAUCAGAACCUACGAAUCUCCUGUUCUCAGGGAGAGAAUGUUCUGUUUCUCAUCAGAAACCAUAAGAUUGCUUAAAGCAAAGGUCAACCAAAUAUGCGGAACUACCUCCAUUUCAUCUUUCCAGUCGCUAACCGCGGUUAUAUGGAGAUGCAUAACAAGGGCACGGAGAUUACCCCUCGACCGAGAAACAAGUUGUAGACUUGCUGCUGACAACAGAGGAAGAAUGUAUCCACCGCUUCACAAGGAGUACUUUGGAAACUGCCUCUCUUCUUUGAGAACGGCUGCAAAAGCCGGUGAGCUAUUGGAAAAUGAUCUUGGUUUUGCUGCUUUGAAAGUGCAUCAAGCGGUAGCUGAACAUACUAGUGAAAAAGUAUCUCAAAUGAUUGAUCAAUGGUUAAAGUCCCCUUUCAUUUACCAUAUUGAUCGGCUUUUUGAACCGAUGAGCGUUGUGAUGGGAAGCUCACCGAGGUUUAACAAGUACGGUUGUGAAUUUGGGAUGGGAAAAGGAGUGACGCUUAGAAGUGGCUACGCGCAUAAGUUUGAUGGAAAAGUAUCUGCUUACCCAGGAAGGGAAGGAGGGGGAAGUAUAGAUUUGGAGGUAUGUCUUGUUCCAGAGUUUAUGGAAGCUUUGGAAUCAGAUGAAGAGUUUAUGUCACUUGUUUCUCUUUGAAAAAUUACCAAUUUCUUCCAAGUUUCUCAACAUUUUUAUAUGUGUCUUUCAUUUGCUAUUCUCCUCAAUUUGUUUAUCAACAUUUUGAUUUUACCUUAAGCCUUUUUAUUGUUCAUUGAUAAAUUCUAGAGAUUGCGGCACAAAAAUUGGCAAUAAUGCGUUUUUGCUUGAUGUAAUGUUUUUUCUUGGAGAUCUGCAAAAUCAAGUAACUUUUAGUAU